AUGAAGUUCGUGAAAACAUAUCUAUUAUAUAUUAGCGUUUUUAUAAUAGAAUCUGUUUAUACCAGCCACUUUAGAGGGGGUACUAUUAGUUGGAACCCAACAGGAAACGGGAAUGAGGUUCAAUUUUCAUUCAAAUUGGGAUGGGCUUACGGAACAGGUCCAGGAUGUACCCCUUCACGGAUUGGACAGUUUGUAACGGGACAGAGUUCGGAGAACUGGAUAUGUACAUCUGGGUGUACCUCACAAGUAGCUAUUGCAAACAUCAAUUACAUCUGCACAGGCGCUAGUACAUCGGAGAACUGGGAACAAGGGGAGAGAACUUUUACUUAUACAUUUCCGGGAAUUGGUCCAUACACAAUUGAGUUCUCAGGAGGUGAUUGGGUUUCAUUGGAUUACGGGUCUCCGGGUAGCUGGACAAUAGGAACAGUUGUUUACUUAGCAAAACGUAGUGAUACACAAAGACCAAAUUCAAGCCCGGUAACAACAGGAAAACCCACGUAUAUAGUUCAGUAUGGAUGCCAAACUAAAAUUCAUAUUCCAGUCGUUGACGGUGAUGGCGAUAAUGUAAGGUGUCGAUGGUCUAGAGGAUCAGAAUGUAGUUCUAUAUGCAAUGCACUUCCUGCGGCUUCGAUUGACAGGCGCACCUGCACCAUUUCAUUUCCAGCAAGCCACACACGAAAUGGGACUUUUGCAGUCGCAGUAUCUGUGGAAGAUUUUCCAAAAUCAACAACUACUAUUGGGGCUAAAGUGUAUACGCCAAAUACUCCCAUGUCGACCGUUAACAUACAGUUUCUAGUUAAAACACCCAUUCUUCCCGGAAACUGUAAUGACAAACCACAUUUUGUGAACCCUACACUAUCUGAAGGGUCAACAAUCCGGACUAACAUUCUGCAGAUACUCAACAUUCAGUUUUAUGCUACAAACAGCAGAAGAAUAACAAAAAUGGAUAUCACCUCCCCUGCCGGUAUGACUCAUACACCUCUUCAGUCUAUGACAUCUCAACCAAGAAUUGUAUAUGUCUCCCUUUCGUGGACACCUCAACAGAACCAAGUUGGACCUCACAUUGUCUGUGCUCUGGCUGAAGACACUUUAGGGAAAACAAGCGACUCAAGGUGCAUAAAUAUCAACGUGAACGACGUAAGCCCAUGUGUAAGUUCUCCCUGUAAAAAUGGCGGGACAUGUGCACGACAAGGAAUAACUCAGAAUUACAGGUGUAUAUGUUUACCUGGCUACACGGGACACAGGUGUGAAACAGACAUUGACGAAUGUGCAAGUUUUCCGUGUCAGAAUAAUGGAUCCUGUAUAGAUGAUAUAAAUCUGUUCCGGUGCUCAUGUGUUCCAGGUUUUACAGACACCUGCUGUGAAAUAGAUAUCAAUGAGUGUGCCAGUAACCCCUGUUUGAAUUUGGGUACCUGUAACGAUCUUAUUAACCACUUUACUUGUUCUUGUCGAGCGGGGUUUACCGGGAAUUUAUGUGAUAUAGAUAUAAACGAAUGCGCUCCAGGUCCCUGUUCCCUUAUUUUUGACUGUGAAGAUCGUGUGAACGAUUUCUACUGCAGGAUAAAUAAAUGGAAACUUUCUCUUAUAAUCUGUAGUAUUCUCUUAGUAAAUCUGCUGGUUAUAUCUAUUCUCAUAUACUUAUCAAAAAGACGAAAAUUCGGGAAAGUUGACCAUUCUUGGUUGUCGAGUUUCAUUGAUGUGCGUAAACCAGAUACACAGCCCAGAGCUUUGCACAGAUGGAGAAAAAAAAAUCAACGCACAGAACAAGCAGAGGAAAUUGACCAGAAUUUUUCUGGGCAACACAAUUCAACAUUCUUCAUUACGCCACAAACUCCAAUUGAAUUGUCAGAAAAUCGAAAGAAACUGUUAGAGUUGAACAAUAAAUACUGGAGAGCUAACUUUAAGACACGCAUUGUGGGAGAGAAACUUGUAUUCCCAAACGGAAGUAUACAUAGAGAUAAAGUACAGAAACCAAAGGCAGAACAAAUCCUUGGAAUGGAUCUAGCAGGAAGAGAGGCGCUGAAGAAGAUUAAAGUGACGGAGUUGGAAACGAAUGAAGAGGAGAACAUCUUCCGAGGGAUGGGGGCAACAACGGAGUGCUAUAACCAAGUGCGCGACAUGUACAAGAAAACAUUCUGUGAUCAAUCCUAUGCCAAAGCUGAUCACAACAUACUUGUUUACAGAUUUGGGAGAUUCAAGCGGACAAACUCACGAGGGAUACAACGAUGA